AUGAUGGCUGAGAGGAAUGGUUCUGAUGGGCAUCAGAAAUUACGCAUCAGAAAUUACGAUCAGUAUUUGGUGAUGUUACGAAUCAGCUUGGCAUGGGUUUUGCCUCGCCCAUGUACUGAGAUUAACUUGUUGCAAGGGAAUGUUAUAUCAAGUAUUUCGAAAGUUCCCAAUGAAAAUAAGGAUGCAGAUGCUUUAGAUUUAUGCAAGGAUUCUGCUGUUUCCAAGAGUUUUAUUCUAGUGGAUGUAGUUGAUAAUAGCUGUAAUCAUAUUGAAAUCAAAGCUGAUGUUUGUCAUAAGAUAGAUUCAUCACAGGAGAAUGUGAUUUCAGGGACCUCAAAUAUAGAUAGUGAAAAGAACUGCUCUCGCUUGGUAGGUACUGGCAGGAGCAGAGUGGCUGAGGUUAUUGUGAGUGAUGCGGGUGAUGUUUUGUUAAAAAUCUUGGUGCCAACUAGUGAAACUGGUGCUAAUAGUGUUUGCAAUGAAAAGACUUGCAAUGAUGAUGAAGACAAAGUCACUUCUGAAGGCACUCAAAGUGAAACUAAUCAUAAAAACUAUGGGGAUGAUAAUUAUGUUGAUAGUUUUGUAUUGAGUCAGUCUGGGUCUAUUGACUAUAAUAUACUAUCCGAGUCACAGGAAUCUAGAGUACUUGGAUUAGAAAAAUGCACUGAACUUAAAAGGGGUGCUGGAUGUGCUAAUGUGAGUGGAGGGAUUGACUUGAUCAAAGCAUGCUCUUGUUCCUUUUGCACAAAAGGUAUCAAUCCGAGCAUUUCCCUUAUCUUGCCUGUAGCCUCAAGUAUUCUGGGUCAUGAAGCAUCUGAUUGCAUUCUUUAUUUCCUAUAUUAUCUGUUUAUGAAGAGUAAAAAAGAAGCAAGCAUUUUGGCUGCAAGAAGUCGUUGGAGUAAGGCAACUGAGAAACAUGGUCUGGGAAACUUCUCUGAAGUUUCAAAGUUAGAAUCUGAUUUGAUGCAUCAGUGGAGGUAUCUCUUUCAACACAUGGUGGACACAUGCGAGCACGAAUCUAACCAGCUUGAAACUAAUCUACUCCCUCUAACAGAGUUGAGGGAGCAAUGCAAGAUAGACUUGGAGCACAUUAAUGCUACAUCUUCAGAGAAACAUUAG